AUGAUCGAGAUCAUACGACGGGAUUCUACAAAGCUUCAGUCCUCUGAAGAUGAAUAUCCAUUAUCGGCUGUUGUGGGGGUACUUUUCCUCCAUGAUGUGUCUAAUGUGUCUGACGCCUUUGUUGAUUGCAAGGAGGCAGUUGAAGACCUUUAUAACUUCUUCCAGGAUGUACAAAAUCCUCCUAACGCUUUCACCUUGGAAUUGGUUUCGCGCAUAUUCGUACAUGUCUGCAGCCAUCCUGCAAUUUUGCAAUUUCUCGCCUCCAAAACUGACCUAGUUGAUAUUCUCCUUCACCACCUGGAGUCUUUAUGCGUGCGUAAUCUGUUCCUCUCCUUCUUUACCACCAUACCAUUGGAGGGAACCAUUGUUCUGGCUCAGGCGCUAGACCGCCAGUGUAUUGUACAUCGGCUGCUAAAGUGCUUUUUGCAAGAAGAAGCGGACGGUGGUUUCGAUGUGAAAAACCGCAUACUUGCAGGCCUUUUCCUCCGUCAACUCAUUUACCAGCUGCGCUCACUGAAGUACAAGGAAUCGUUGGAUGUAAAUUUUCUUCUUUCACGUUUUGAAAGCGAAAACACAGUGAAGCAAAUAGUGGAUGCGAUCAUUGGUCUGCCACAAGAGAGAGCAGAAAUGCUUUCGCACUUUCUCAAUCUUCUCCGUCAUCUACUCUUCGAUGCAGUUCUUAAUGACGUCAGCGUAGAUUUGCUCUCCCUUCCACUUCGCCAAUCGAAGUCUGGAGAUGCUUUUGUUUCCAAAGGCAUCGCGCGCCACUUCAAUCGGGUACUUGGCAUGCUUCCCCGUCUCAAGCCAUUCCUAGCUGUUGAAGGCGUUGUUUACGACGCGGAGGACAAUGCUUCUACGUCACGAACAUGUCUUCCCCUGCAGCCACUGGGUAUGGGCCGAAUUAAUGCAAUGCGUUUUCUCUGUCACCUCAUCUUCAAUUGUCAAGGUCUAGAAGGUGCUGAAGUCGUUGAACAGUUCGUGGAAUUGGAUCUUAUCGGGAACAUGGUGCCAACAGCCGCUGGAGCCGUCUACAUCGAUGGAAUCAUCGCCUUAUUCACUGCCGAGUUCUUUGAGGCCUUACGGCAAAAUUCUUCACCAGGUGGGUUCUUCAUGUCUCUUUUGGUUAGCCUGAAGUUCGAUGAGGAGGUCUGCGAGGUAGUAGUCCCAUUUCUUGCAGAUGUUGGUAAAACACCGAUUCCUGGAUCGCCUACUUACUGCAUGGGAUCUAAACAGGAUUUCCAAGUUAGGGGCAAGGCGGGUUUCCGUCGAGCAGGCUACAUGGGUCAUCUGCAAGAAAUGGCCUUACGCCUUGCCUGGUACUUUCACCCAAAACUGACCGAGUCGCUAGACUACCCGACUGUGAAGGAUAGUGACGUGGCAGCAUUGGAUGACGAAGCUUUUUGGUGGCUGCCGCAUGGAACUGAUAGUACAGGUAACAGUGGUGGCGAUGUUAAUGAUGGUGCCGGAAAGGCGAUAGAGGAAGAUACAUCGGCUGAGGAACCUAUUAAUUGGGGAUUAAAUGUGCGGAAUUUCAUACUCCGAGACUUGCCGAAUACCACGCUGGAACGAUGGACCACCUUCAUUGUGAGUGAUCUGCGACAAGCAGUUCGUGUUUCCAACGUGGAACACCUUCGAAACCUCAAGGUCACUCUCGCCGGCACUCCAAACAAAUUGAAGCGGACUUCUCCCACUUUGCUUUCUCCAGAAGAUGCUCAACAAGCUUACAACCAGUACAAGAUGAAGUCUCUCACCAUGGCGUUUACGGAAAACUUCGGCUUUCGUGAAAACGAAUUCGACGUUUCCUCAGGGGUUUUAGAGGAGUUGCUGGGCUCACUUUUCAGCGACCUUGGUGCCUCUUUGAUUCUGCAAGAUUACACGCAAUCCGAGGCUUUGUUUGAUGAAGUCUGCAACACAAUAAUAAAGACGCCAGAUGGAGUGGAAGUUGGUAAAGCGUCUUCUGGAUGGCCGGUGGUGUGUAUAAAUAAACUAGAGCAGUAUCCACGGCCCCCCAAGACGCCACCGCCAUUCGAAACCGAUGAAAGGGAAUCUUUGUGCGAUGCCAAACGGAGAGAUUCCACAGACAGACAAGUACAGAGCUACAAUGUUCUGUCGAUAGACUGGAUGACCGGAGUGUUUGAUGAGGCUCAUGCGGAGAUUCUGUUGGAGUCAGAGGACACAUUAUCCUCGGUCUACAGCGAGGACGUUGAGGAAGCAAGGCUAUCACAAGAUACGUCGGAUGAGACCAUGUCGGGGAUAGAGUUCUUUCAGUCUGCCCUCUCUCCUAUUCACUCCUCAGGCAGUCCGAUUACCGUAGGGGAAAUGGAGGAAAAUAAGGAAGAAGGGAAAGAGACCAAGGACGAUCUUGGUGGUCUUGAGAAUGAUUUUCGUACUCAGCUAUGUAGGUCAUUGGUUCCAGAGCCGACACUGAGCAAUGGACGUCCGAUAAUGUCGUUUGGCAGGUCGAGACGAAUAGCCUCCAACAACGAGUCCCUCUCCAAACCUCUAAGCCCAUCAAUUGAUCGAUGGUCGAUCUCUUCGAAGUCACUGGGGUCAUUAAAUUCACCCGAUUUACCAGACUCUGAAAGUCUUGUUCUUCCACGUCUGAUUCUUGAUCGCGACUUGAGGUUGAACUAUAAUUCCCCUCAAGAAAUAGAAGCCCUUCCAAGGCCCAUUCAGCCGACAAUGCGAUCACAUCGACUUGCUAGGACAUCGCUCUUGAGGCCCUUAAACGGUGAUUUAGAAGUUGCAAAUGGAAUUUCAAGCCCAUUUGAAGAUCACAGUCGGCGAAAGCGCCUCUUAAAACCACCGGAGCUGGAAGUGGACAUGGAGACGGAGGAGCUGAAGUAG